UCUUGCCCAACACAUCAUUCUUCUUCUUCUUCUUCUUUCUUUCUUUCCCCUUUUGCCUCAUCUCCCACUGAUCUGUGAUACCCAGCCAUUCACCACCCACCAUGACGACCAUACUCCCCAAAUUUCAGGCGAAACCGCCCUUCACCGUCGAGGUGCCCGGUCAAAAACCCGUCGAGGGUGAGACCCCCAUCCGUCGCAUCAAGGCUGCCAUUCCCGACCUUGUCGCCAAGCCCCAGCCCGACGUCUCCACCGUCUACGAGCUUGUCAAGGUGUCUGUUGAGAAGUUCGGCAACGCCAAGGCCAUGGGCUCGCGGAAGCUUAUCGAUGUCCACCAGGAGACCAAGAAGGUGAAGAAGAUCAUCGACGGGGAGGAGUGCGAGGUGGACAAGGUCUGGUCGUAUUUUCAGCUCGGCAGCUACGAGUACAUGACCUACCUCGAGUACGAGAAGCUCAUACUGCAGGUCGGAGCCGGCCUGCGAAAGCUGGGCCUCAACCAGGGCGACCGCGUUCACAUCUUCGCAGCCACGAGCUCAUACUGGCUGGCCAUGUCCCACGGCGCUGCAUCACAGUCCAUGCCCAUCGUGACUGCUUAUGACACCCUCGGUGAGGAGGGCCUGCGCCAUUCUAUGGUGGCCACCGAGGCCAAGGUCAUCUUCCUGGACCCCCACCUGCUGCCGACCCUGACAAACGUCCUCAAGGAUGCGACCGAGAUCCGCCACGUCGUGUGGAACAGCCAGAACAAGAUCAAGCAGGAACACAUCGACAAGCUGACGGCCGCAUACCCCAACGUAAAGGUCCUCAGUUUUGAGGAUCUGAGGAAGUCGGGAGAGGAGAACCCCGUGGAUCCAGUACCCCCCAAGCCCGAGGACCUCUGCUGCAUCAUGUACACCUCUGGGUCGACCGGCACACCGAAGGGCGUUCCCCUGAAGCACAGCAACGUCGUUGCUUCCGUUGCGGGCGUAAGCGUGGUUGUGCAGCCCUUCAUCGGCCCCGGGGACGGCCUCUUGACCUACCUACCCCUCGCCCAUAUCCUGGAAUUUGUCUUCGAGAAUGCGUCCCUCUACUGGGGAUCUACCAUGGGCUACGGCAACCCCAAGACCCUGUCGGAUGCUUCCGUGCGCCACUGCAAUGGAGACAUCCGCGAGUUCAAGCCCAGCGUUCUCGUCGGUGUGCCUGCAGUCUUCGAGACCGUCAAGAAGGGCAUUAUCGCCAAGGUGGAAGCCGGAGGCCCCGUGGUCAGGAACCUCUUCUGGGGCGGCAUGUGGGCCAAAAGCCAGCUCAUGGGCUGGGGGCUGCCAGGAUCCGGCAUCCUGGAUGCUGUCGUGUUUAAGAAGGUCAAGGAGGCGACGGGCGGACGCCUGAAGCUCUGCAUGAACGGAGGAGGUCCCGUGGCGAAGGACACGCAAAAGUUCAUUUCCAUGGCCAUCGCCCCUAUGAUCAUCGGGUACGGUCUGACAGAGACAACUGCCAUGGGCACCCUUGGAAACCCCUUGGAAUGGACCUCGGAGUCCAUCGGCGCCCCGCCAGCUGCUGUCGAAGCCAAGCUGGUCGAUUUCCCAGAUGCCGGCUACUAUGCAACCAACAAGCCUCAUCCGCAAGGUGAGGUGUGGCUGCGGGGGCCAAGCAUCAUGGAUGGCUACUACCAAAAUGACAAGGAAACGCAGGAGGCUCUGACAUCAGACGGGUGGUUCAAGACUGGCGAUAUCGGCGAGUGGGAUUCCAACGGGCACCUGAAGCUGAUCGACCGCAAGAAGAACCUGGUCAAGACGCUCAACGGCGAAUACAUUGCGCUCGAGAAACUCGAAUCGAUCUACCGCUCCGCCCCCGUCGUUGCCAACAUCUGCGUGUACGCCGAUGAUUCGCAGUCCAAGCCUGUCGCUAUUAUCGUGCCCGCGGAGCCGGCGCUCAAGAAGCUGGCAGAGGCCAACGGCAUCAAGGCCGGAGCCCUGGAGGAGCUCGUGCAUAACAAGAAGCUGCAUGGGCUUGUUCUCAAGGAGCUGCAAUCUGCAGGCCGUGCAGGCGGCCUCGCUGGUAUUGAAAUUAUCGAUGGUGUCGUUCUCAGUGAUGAGGAGUGGACGCCUCAAAAUGGUCUCGUCACCGCAGCGCAGAAGCUGAACCGUAAGGGCAUCGUCAAGAAGUACAAGAAGCAGAUCGACAAGGCAUACGGGUCUUAA